AUGCCCGCGGCCAAUUCAGCAGCAGCCAAGAAGGCGCCGUCAAUGAGGGCGCUUACAGCGAGAAUGAAGGAAAUUCAACUAUCAUUCAAUGACAUCUGGAGGUUUAUGCAAGAAUUCAAGGAAUCCAAUACAGCAACCGAGGUGCAGGUACGCCUUGCCAAAUUGGAGGAGCUGUGGGAAGGUUUUAGCGAUGUGAUGGUGGAGAUUUUUGCACACGAUAACUACAGUGCAGAAACUAGUGGUUUAGAAAAAGAGCGAAUGGAAUUCAGCGACCGUUAUUACGAAGUCAAAUCCUUUCUGGUGGACAAGACUAAGGAGCUUGAAGAGCCACAUCGAUUAGCAAAUUCAACCCGAGUAGGAGACGUUACAACGCACGGUGGUAUGGACCACGUCCGGUUGCCGCAAAUUAAAUUGCAAAGUUUUAAUGGAGACAUCGAUGAGUGGUUGAGUUUCCGAGAUUUGUUUACAUCGCUCAUCCACUGGAAGGAAGAUCUACCGGAAGUAGAGAAAUUCCAUUAUCUCAAGGGGUGUUUGCAGGGAGAGCCAAAGAGUUUAAUCGAUCCGCUGCAAAUUACGAGAGCCAACUAUCAGGUAGCCUGGGAGUUGCUACUUAAACGGUACAACAAUUGUAAACAGCUUAGGAAGCGCCAGGUUCAAGCGCUUUUCAGUUUGCCCACACUGACCAAGGAAUCAGUAUCCGAUCUGCAUACUCUCAUUGAAGGCUUCGAGAGAAUAGUGCAGACACUGGAUCAAGUAGUUCAACAGGCGGACUACAAGGACCUUCUUCUAGUAAACAUUCUUACUGCACGAUUGGAUCCGGUCACUAGAAGGGGGUGGGAAGAGGUGUCAUCAGCAAAGGAACAGGAUACUUUAGCGGAUUUGACGGAAUUUCUACGACGUAGGGUACAGGUUUUGGACUGCCUACCAUCCAGGUGCAGUGACACUAGGGGUGUCCCGCAACAACAUCCAAGGCAGAAACAUUCCAUAGCUAGGGUAUGCUAUAAUUCCAGCCAAGCGUCUGGGGGACGAUGUACGGCUUGUACGUCGGACCAUCCGCUUUAUUUGUGCAGCACAUUCCAGAAAAUGACAGUGGUGGAAAGAGAUGCAUUAUUAAAAAGUCAUGCUCUUUGCCGCAAUUGUUUCCGAGUUGGCCAUCAGGCGAAAAAUUGCACAUCCAAAUAUUCGUGUAGGAACUGCAGAGGUCGUCACCAUACGUUAGUUUGUUUCAAUCAAAGGGAGAAGGAAACCAAGGUUGCAGCGGUUGCAAGGGAUAAUACACUACCUUCCAAGGAAUCGGACAAUCCAGCCUCCACCCAAACGGCUAAUAUGGCAGCCGUGAAUAUUCAGGUAUCCGGAGCAGCUCGUCAGUAUGCUUCCCAAGUGCUUCUGGCCACAGCAGUUGUCACGGUCGAAGACGAUGAUGGUAAUCGGUUCCCUGCCCGCGCUAUGCUGGAUUCAGGAUCAGAGAGUAAUUUUAUCACCGAACGGUUAAGCCAACGUUUGAAGGUGACUCGUGAUCGGGUUAAUAUAUCGGUCGUCGGGAUAGGUCAAGCUUCAACCAUAGUAAAGCAGAGGUUAAGAACGUUAAUACGGUCUCGAGUUUCACCGUUCUCGCGCGAACUAAGCUUUCUAGUUCUUCCAAGAGUAACAGUUAGUCUUCCUACUACAACAAUUGAUACGGAAAGGUGGAACAUCCCGAGCGGCAUCCAAUUAGCCGAUCCAGCAUUCUUCGAAUCUCAUGGGGUGGACUUAGUGCUAGGUAUUGAAGCAUUCUUUGAUUUCUUUGAAACUGGCCGAAGGAUUUCGUUGGGAGAGCAACUACCUACACUAAAUGAAUCGGUCUUCGGCUGGGUAAUUUGCGGUGGUUCUGCAGCACCAAGCCAAUCCUGGCAAAUCAGAUGCAAUGUGUCUACUUCAGAACAGCUAGAUACAUUAAUCUCUCGCUUCUGGGCUUGUGAAGAGGUGGAUACUGUUAGAACUUAUUCACCAGAGGAACGACGAUGUGAAGAUAUUUUCACACAGACGGUACAACGCAACACAGAUGGGCGUUACACCGUUGCCUUACCGAAAAGGAAGGACAUCCUAUUCAACCUGGGCGAUUCAAGGGACAUCGCAUUCAGACGUCUUCAGGGAACCGAACGUAGACUGGCAAGAGAUGAAAAUCUGCGAAAGGAAUAUACCACUUUUAUGGACGAAUAUCGGCGACUCGGGCACAUGCAGAGGAUCGACGACACGGAUUCGGUUCAACGAUGCUACUUGCCGCACCAUCCCGUCGUCAAAGAAUCUAGUACCACCACUAAGGUCAGGGUCGUGUUCGAUGCCUCAUGUAAAACGACCACUGGGGUGUCUCUCAACGACGUUUUACUGGUGGGGCCAGUGAUACAGGAAGAUCUUCGUUCAAUUAUCCUGCGAAGUAGGACCAAGCAAGUCAUGCUCGUGUCCGACGUGGAGAAAAUGUUCCGCCAAAUAAACAUUUGUCCCGAAGAUCGACCGCUCCAAUGCAUCCUUUGGCGAAACUCGCCAUCCGAGAAAGCUCAAACCUACGAGCUUAAUACCGUAACCUACGGAACUAAACCAGCCCCAUUUCUGGCCACCAGGACUCUACAUCAACUGGCAGUUGACGAACAAGAACGGUUUCCGCUAGCGGCGAGUGCUACAAUCCAUGACACCUACAUGGAUGAUGUCAUCACAGGGGCGGACAGCAUAGAAACUGCGCUAGAACUGAGGAUUCAGUUAGAUAAAAUGAUGUCACGGGGAGGUUUCCGGCUUAGAAAGUGGGCUUCGAACUCUCCAGACGUAUUAAAGGGCCUUCCUGAGGAUGGAUUGGCCAUUCGCGCUUUGGAAGGAAUUAAUCUUGAUCCAGAUUCAUCGGUGAAAACAUUAGGCUUGACCUGGAUGCCUGUGCCAGAUACACUUAAAUUCAGUUUUGCUAUCCCUACUCUAAAGGAUAAAUUACCACUAACUAAACGAUAUGUACUGUCGGUCAUAGCUACACUCUUCGACCCACUGGGACUGUUAGGCGCUACUAUCACGUCAGCAAAAAUUUUCAUGCAAAGGUUAUGGACGUUACGCGACGACGGCGGUAACCCUCUGAGCUGGGAUCAAUCACUGCCUCCAACGGUGGGUGAGGCUUGGGUGAAAUUUCAGGAACAAAUUCUCCAACUGAAUGAGUUGCGUAUUGAGCGGUGUGUUAUUAUCCCACAGCCUGUCGCCAUGGAGAUUCAUUGUUUUUCUGAUGCCUCGGAGAAGGCAUACGGUGCAUGUCUAUAUUUGAAGAGUAUAAACGCUGGGGGAGAGGUCAGAGUGCACCUAUUAUCUUCCAAAUCAAGAAUAGCUCCACUAAAAUGUCAAACGAUUCCGCGGCUAGAGCUUUGCGGUGCAGAACUAGCAGCGAAACUGUUCGAAAAGGUAAAUGGCGCGAUACGCCUAGCGACACGAGCUUAUUUUUGGACGGACUCAACCUGCGUGUUACGAUGGAUUUCAGCUACACCCACAACCUGGUCCACAUAUGUGGCCAAUCGAACAGCAAACAUUCAAACUAUCACCGAGUGUGGCCAAUGGAGGCAUGUCCCUGGUGCGCAGAAUCCGGCUGACUUGAUUUCCCGAGGGAUUUUGCCAGGAGAAAUACUACAAAACACUUCCUGGUGGGAAGGCCCCGAUUGGCUAAAACUAGAGAUGGCUUCCUGGCCAAAUGCUUUAGUGAACUUACGCGCAGAAGAAGGGGAUGAGGAGAGACAUCGUUCUGUAAUUGCCGCUGUUGUUUCUACUAACAAUGAAUUCAAUGAAACAUGGCUUGCCAAAUUCUCGUCUUACACCUCGCUUAUCCGUGUUACAGCAUAUUGCUUGCGAUUCAUAAAGUUGCUGCGGACACAUCGCAAAGAGAAGGUUCAAUCAGAAUUUUUAAAUAGCAUGGAAUUGAAGGAAGCAGAAACGGUAUGGGUGCGUCAAAUACAAAAGGAGUGUUUUGCGGAUGAAUGGUCUAAGUUAUCAAAGGGAGCUAGUGUGCCAAAAAACUCUCCAUUGAGAUGGUUCAACCCGUUUAUCAGCAAGGAUCAGGUGAUACGAUUGGGCGGAAGGUUGAAAAAUUCGUUAGAGCCAGAUGGAGUAAAACACCCGGUUGCAUUGCCGGCACGACACCGUUUCACCCGCAUGCUGUUGGAUUACUACCACGUUCGACUUCUUCACGCUGGGCCGCAGUUAUUAUUGUCAGUCGUCAGGCUUAGGUUUUGGCCAUUGGGUGGCAGAAGUCUAGCGAGACAGAUUAUACACAAAUGCCUGAAAUGUUUCCGUUCAAAACCAUCAGCUGUUCAGCAAUUUAUGGCGGAUCUCCCGAUGUCGAGAGUGACCAUCUCACGACCAUUCUCCCGUACCGGAGUUGACUACUUUGGUCCAGUUUUCGUUCGACCACUUCCAAGGCGGCCAGCAGUAAAGGCUUACGUAGCCAUUUUCAUUUGUCUCUGUACAAAGGCGGUCCAUAUGGAACUAGUUACGGAUCUGUCUACCGAACGGUUCCUCCAGGCACUGCGACGAUUCGUGGGUAGACGAGGCCGAUGUUCAGAUAUUUUUUCCGACAACGGAACCAACUUUGUCGGUGCACGUAACAAAUUGUCAGAAUUUUUGAAGGUUUUAAAGAGUCGAGACCACCACGAUGCAGUAUCCAGAGAGUGUGCCAAGGAGGGCAUACAUUGGCAUUUCAAUCCACCGAGCGCCCCCCACUUUGGCGGUAUCUGGGAAGCGGCAGUCCGAUCUGCAAAACAUCAUCUAUUGAGAGUGAUAGGCGAAACACCCCUUUCGCCGGAAGAUUUCAGCACGCUACUGGUGCAGGUAGAAGCUUGCCUCAAUUCCCGCCCCCUUACGCCGCAAAGUGACGAUCCGAAUGAUUUGGAGCCAUUAACACCGGCACACUUUUUGAUCGGCUCGUCCCUGCAAGCCAUCCCCGAACCAAACGUAGAUCAAUUGCCAACCUCUCGGCUUAACCAUUGGCAAUCAAUGCAGCGUCAUCUGCAGACCUUCUGGAAACGAUGGAGACAAGAAUAUUUGUGUCAGUUGCAAGGUCGAACAAAACGUUGGAAGCCAGCCGUCCCCAUUGAAGAAGGAAAAUUGGUCGUCGUUAAGGACGAAAAUUUGCCCCCUAUGAAGUGGAAGAUGGGUAGAAUCUGCCAGCUGCAUCCCUCGGCUGACAACGUAGUGCGAGUCGUAACACUGAAGACAGCCACGGGAAAUUUGACACGCCCAGUGGAGAAAAUUUGCUUGCUUCCAGUGCCGGAUGAUGAGGAAGCUUAGCGUACACCUACCCACAAUCCCGUCCCGCCGAAGAGGAUCUGUUUUUUCUUUCUUUUCAGAAAUCUACAAUUUCUGGGUGGGUGAGGAUGUUCGCAAGUACCCCAACGCUACAACCCUUACAAUAUCACAGAACGAGCCAACAAAAAACAAUAUCACAGAACGAGCCACACUGCUGCAUAAGGAAGCCGAUCAAUCCACAUCGGCUACUGCAGAGCAGACAAUGAGUGACCAGCCGCUAUCAUUUUCUCAUCGACACCGAUCGCUGCUGGAGCGAUAUCGAAGCUGGAGCUAGAGCCGAAGACGUGCUACCGAUAAACCCAUCGAUCGCCGAAGGAAUUGACCCGAUCGCUGCUAGAGCGAGAAUCGAUCACCGGAGAGAUGCCACCGAUAAGCCGAUCGAUGAGGCGUCGCCAGGAGAGAGGCAGUCAACCCGAACUU